CACCUCUGUUCUGCUAAAAAGCAUUCAGGGCAGUGUCAUACCUGCACUCGCACCGGGCAUAGUUUCCUUUAAUAACACAGACAUACUUUUUAAUAUCAAGAAUAAAGUGUUGGAAGCUUGUCGGUCCUGUGAAUUACACACGCAGGACAAAGAAUGACCAACAUCCGACGGUAUUUUGUCAAUCACCUGAUCACCUUCUCGCUCCAGAAAGGAGACGUGAAGACCGUGGAAGAGGCCCAGUCUCGCCUCCUCCAGCUGGCUCGGGGCAACAAGUUGUGGAGCCAACAGAUGCUGCUGGAUGUCGGACAGGAUGCCGUUUAUCUCAGAGACAUACAGACUAAGGAGGAGCUGGAGAACUACUCCUUCAACUCCAUUUUCCGCUGCGAGUCCAUUCACUCCAAGGAGCUCUUCCCAUCCCUCCUGCUCCUCGUGUGCCAAAGCGUCAACGAGAAGAAGCCGGACAUUCUCUUCUUCAACUGUGAGAACACAAAGGCAGAAGAAAUGUGCGACAUCAUCACGCAGGCUGUUUCCAAGUCCAGCAAGAGUAAGAACAUUCCCGACCCAAUCAGGCUUUCCCAGAACGACGCAGACAUGCUUGACCCCUACGGCAUUCCGAGCCCCCCCAUCCCGCACGCUCCCAACGCCCCGCCAGUCAACCCCCCGCCUUACCCGGGACUCAGAGCCAACGGAGGACCUGACAUCUCGUUACUUCGAGCCGAGAGAGAAGUGGGCAUUCUCAAUCACUGCUUCGACGACAUCGAGAGCUUCAUGUCCAAACUGCAGCAGACCGCCGAGGCCGCCAUCGUGCUCAACCAGAGGAAGAAGAAGAAGAAAACCAAAAAGCAGAGUGCUGAAGAGGAUCUACUCACCAUGAGGGCCAGGCCGCCACCCGAAGAGGAGUUUGUUGAUAUUUUCCAGAAAUUCAAAUAUUGCUUCAGUCUGCUGGCCCGUUUGAAAUCAACCAUAGCCAGUCCCUCCUCAGACGAGCUUGUUCAUCAUGUCUUCAAACCUCUGGAUAUGAUGGUGAAGACGACAGGGGGCCCGGCUCUGGCGGCCUCCGUGUCCAGCCCCGCCCUGACCGACGCUGCCGUGUCCCUGCUGCAAGAGAACCUGACCGUGGACGAGAGGCAACUGUGGACGUCCCUGGGUCCCAACUGGACGCACGCUCGCGCUGAGCUCCGAGGGCCGAUUGCUCCGUACACGCCCGUGUUCCUAGAUGGCUGGAAGCCCAACACCUUCCGGGCGGACGGGCAGGUUUGGGAGGAUCCGGUCGAGUCACAGCACAAACACGAAGCCUUCCGGCUCAAACAAGAGCAGCAGCAGCAGCAGUUCAACAGCCACAUUGGUGAUGAAAUAGACACAGGAGACCCAGAAUCUGACAAAGUCUACAGCUGCAGUUACGACUUCAUUGCCAGGAACAACACGGAGCUAUCUGUGCAACAAGGGGAGACGCUCGAGGUGCUCGAGUCAUCCAAGCGCUGGUGGAAGUGUCGCAAUCGGUUCAACCAGGUAGGCUUUGUUCCCUUCAACAUCCUGGAGCCCGUCACUCACGUGGAGAGUCCCGUCACCAGCCGGCCCCCCGUUGCUCCGGCCCCGCCUCCCCUCGCCAAGACUUUCACCCCGGUUGCACCCAGCUUGCCCCCCCUGCGCCAGAACCCUUCAGUCCAACGCGUCCCGCACAGCGUGCCCACCUACAACCAGCAUGCACCUGCAACAGAGGACAACGAUAGAGUCAUGUUGGUCAACGACGAGCUGCUCCAGAGGCUGACCAACGGAAAAGCCACCAACAGCAAGCCUCUGAUCAUCCCUCGAUCUACAGAAACCUCUCUGCCUCUCGACUACCAUUCCAGCCCAGCGGAGGUGGCGAGGUGGCUGGCGGGGAAAGGCUUCAGUGAAUCGACGGUGACGUGUUUGGGGGUCCUGACGGGCGCUCAGCUCUUCUCCCUCAGCAAGGACGAGCUGCGAGAAGUUGUCCCGGACGAAGGCGCUCGGGUGUACAGCCAGAUGGCGGUGCAGCAAGCACUGUUGGAGGACGCUCAGAGGGCCACAGAGCUGGAGGCUGUCAUGGAGAGACAGAAAAUGAAGGUGGAUCUGAAAUUGGAGAGCAGCACAUUGUGAGCAGAUGCAUCACAGAUGGACUAUCUAGCGAUAUUAUACAGAAAGAUAAUAUAUACGGUACUUAUCUGAAAAUAGUGUGCAGCCAUGAUGUAAGCUUCCGUCUGUGAGGAUCACUGUGCCGGUUGUCACUUGGAGUUCACUUUCGUAUUUAACGCAAGCAUGCGCCGUUAAUUUAUAGUUCUCACGUGGAUUUCACCAUCAAUUGACAGUAAUAUUCAGUAAAUGGGAAAAAAAUACAACGGUAUUUGAAUACAGCACCUCUACCACACAAAGGCUUACCAUGCAAGAAAUGACCAACAGGCAAUAAAGUCUUUAAUAUGGUUUAA